AUGAAGCUGCUUUGCUCGUUUAUUUUGGCCGCGUCCGGCCGCGACACACGACGCGAUGACUUUAUAGUGGACAAGGAGUACGUGGAUACUGUCUGUGCAGAGAAGGGCGAAGGUUCCUACGCGUAUAGCGAUUCCGUUUGCGAUCAUUACAUCCACUGCGAAAAGCCAGGAAGCGGUGCUGUUCCCCACGUGAUGCCCUGCUCUCCUGGGACUGUUUGGAACUCGAUCGAGGGAUUUUGCGACCACGCGUACAACACUCCUCCUCCCUGUGGAACUCUGGAAACUGGCGAGCCAACUCAUGAAGAUUGCAAACAGGGCGAUGGCGUUUAUGCGCAUCAUCAUAACUGCGAAGAAUACUUUAUCUGCUACAUGGGCCAAAAGUACUUCGGAAAAUGCCCAGCUGGGUUCGGAUUUGAUCAGGUGGGAAAAAUGUGCUCGGAUGAUCUCUUCGUGACGUCUUACUACUGCAACCCCACAAAGAAGGUUUACGGAAACCCGGUCACCACCCAAGCGAUGGCUUUCUGCGACGAAAAGGAAGACGGAUAUUAUGUAAAUCCAGGUGUUUGCGGCCGAUAUAUCAAGUGCUGGAGCCAAAUCGGAAGUGAAUUUGCCUGCGAAUCUGCACAGAAUUUACUUGACGAGACUCUCGUUUGGAAUCCAAGAAAUCGGUCAGAAAAUCGAACUUGA